UUUAAAUAACUAACAACCUGUAAUUAAUGAUUUAUCCUAAAUCUAUUUAGUCCCAACAAAAGAAAAGAAAUUAAAACCAAAAAAAUUCAACUCUGAUUCUCAUAAGAAAUCAUGAAUCUCCUCUGGUUCCCAUUUCUCUCCCUUCUUCUCUCCGCCGCUGGAGCACCAUACAACCUCACCAAAACCUUCAACGUCAAGCACUACGGUGCAGUUUCUGAUGGCAAAUCUGAUUCUGCAAAGGCUUUUCAGAAAGCUUGGGAUGAUGCAUGUGGGUGGGAAGGAUUGAAGCCGAAGGUUCUGAUACCGGAAGGAAGGUUCUUGGUGGGGUCUCUGGUAUUCCAGGGGCCGUGCAAGGGGAGGAAGGUGGUGGUGCAGGUUAAGGGAUACGUGGUCUCGCAGGCGGAUCUUAACGCAUAUAAGACACACGAUUGGAUAUCGUUCCGGUAUAUUAACGGGCUGCUGGUUACCGGGAAGGGGACAUUUGAUGGACAGGGAGCUUAUGCCUGGCCUCAUAAUAACUGCCGCAGUAACAAGAAAUGCAGGCCUCUCCCUUGGUCCCUAAACUUCAGCUUUGUGAGCAAUGCAACCAUCAGAGGCAUAACUUCAAUUAACAGCAAAAACGUCCACAUUCAAAUAUUUGCAUCCAAGGACAUGAACUUCCAAUAUCUUAAGCUCAUAGCCCCCGGAAACAGCCCCAACACGGACGGAAUUCACGUCGGACAAUCCGAAAACAUCGUCAUCGAACACUCGAUCAUCAGCACCGGCGACGACUGCAUAUCGAUCGGGCCGGCGACGAAGAACCUGUCGAUAUCACAGGUGUGGUGUGGUCCCGGCCAUGGCAUAAGCAUUGGGAGCCUUGGUGGAGGGAAGGAUGAAGGAGAUGUGGUUGGUGUAAAUGUGAAAAAUUGCACUUUUACAGGAACAACCAAUGGUGUUAGGAUAAAGACGUGGCAGGAGUCUCCUUCUUCCUCUUCAGCUUAUAAGCUCACGUUUGAGGAUUUGGUGAUGAGGAAUGUGGAUAAUCCCAUUAUUAUUGAUCAGAAAUAUUGCCCCCAUAAUCUCUGCAGUAACAAGGCUCCAUCACUGGUUAAGAUCAGUAAAGUGAAAUUUAGAAAAAUUCGAGGAGUAACAAGAACGAAGAAUGCGAUAAAUCUGGUCUGCAGUGAUAAAUUUCCAUGCGAAGAGAUCGAGCUAAGCGACAUAGAUUUGAAAUACAGUGUUGCAGGAGAUGUUGCUAUUGCUUCAUGUGUUAAUGUCAAAGGCCGCUCAUUUGGCAGUAUUAACCCUCCAUCAUGCAUUUAGAUUCUAAGUCCUUUUUUUUUAUCUUUUUGUUAUUAGAGUUUGAGAAUUUAAUUUAUGAAAAAAGAGGGGAAAACUUACAAAUUUGUCU